AUGAACUUAAAUUGCUGGUACAGCAGCCAGCUUGCAGAAUACUCCAUCUCUUACAGUAUCUGCCCACGUGUCUCAGAUCCACAGCUGAAAAUGGACAAGGGAGGAUAUGUUCAGGAUAUCUGCAUGAACUCCCUCAUAGAAGAGAUGCAGGCAGAGCACCUGGACCGGAUCAUGGAAUUCCAGGAGAGAAGAGCUGCCAGGGAGCAGCAGGCCCAAUAUACUGUUGGUUACUCGUACGGGUGGGGCCUGGAGACCGUGAGAUUAGAUCGAACCUACCGAGAGCCUGGUUUAAAGGAUGUAAUAAAGGAGCAGAAUCGAGAGUUGAGAGGUACACAGAGGACUAUAACCAGAGAUCGAGCAGCCUUGGAGAGACAGGAAAAGCAGCUGGAACUGGAAAUAAAAAAAAUGGCAAAGACUGGUAACAAAGAAGCCUGCAAGGUUCUAGCAAAACAGCUUGUACAACUGCGAAAACAGAAAACUCGAACCUAUGCCGUUAGUUCAAAGGUCACCUCCAUGUCAACUCAAACUAAAGUAAUGAACUCCCAGAUGAAGAUGGCUGGAGCUAUGUCAACCACAGCAAAAACAAUGCAAGUUGUUAACAAGAAGAUGGACCCUCAGAAGACAUUACAAACUAUGCAGAAUUUCCAAAAGGAAAACAUGAAGAUGGAAAUGACUGAGGAAAUGAUUAAUGAUACUUUGGAUGAUAUCUUUGAGGGCUCUGAUGAAGAGGAAGAAAGCCAGGAUAUUGUGAACCAAGUGCUUGAUGAAAUUGGAAUUGAAAUCUCAGGAAAGAUGGCUAAAGCACCGUCCGCUGCCAGAGGCUUACCAUCUGCAUCAGCAUCAAAAAGUACCACCAUUUCAGAUGAAGAGAUUGAACGGCAACUCAAGGCUUUGGGAGUAGAUUAGCCGGAUGGCAAUACACAACCUGCCUCCUAAUAACUACAGACAGGUGUAAAGUGUACACAUUUUCAAAAUAACUGAUGUACUUUGGUUUUAAGAGAACUGAAGACUUCAUAAAUAAUCUGAUUCACACCAAAAAAAGGCUUAUCUCUAGCCAGAGAACCAUUAUCAGUAGCACUGAAUUCCUGAAGUUGUUUGAAAAACUACUUUGCUAUCAGAUGACCUAAAUAGAUACUUAGCAUGUGAGAUUUUUUUAACACCCAAUUGAGAGCUAGUUUAAAAUAGGUACGUUCAUUUACAUCAGGUCUGAUUUUUUGGCUGUGUUGCACUCAAGAUUUAAACCCACAAGUUAGUUGCUCAAACAGUGCUCGCUUUUUUCAAUUUACAAAAUGUCUGCUGACAGACUUGGAAAAAUAACAGUGGUAAGAUGUUCAGUCAUUUAGCUGUUUUGGAAUUGUCAUCCUAGGAUUGUUGACAGUGUUUUUCUUUAUAAAGUCACUACACAUGGAAAGUUCUUAGUAUAUUUUAUGAUAUUGACUUUACAACUGCUUUGUUUGAAAAGAGAUGACAUUUUUCAUUUGGUAAGAUAUAAACUUGACACCCUUGUAAGUGUAGGCACCUAGCUUUGUUUUUCAGGUGUCUUUAGGAAAUUUGAGUUGAUUGAUUUUUAGACAAUUGUACUACUUACUGAAAGAUAUGGGUGCAAUCUGCUCUUGUUGACUUCAGUGGAAGAGGCUUGAACUAAAUAUUUAGUGAAUAUUUUGCAUGAAAGGCACUGAAACUGUCUUGUACUAUAACAUUGUUAACUUAAACAGAAUUGUUGUGCCUUUAUGUAUAUAAAACCUUGCCGUAAUCUCUAGAGUUUUCAAAAUUGUAUUAAUCAUUUAAGGAUGAAGUAACUACUGCUAAGGCAGUUAUCUACUGCCAUCUACGCUUGAUAGCAGUCCAUGCUGAAGCUGAUACAGAUUAUAUCAGCACUUGCACAAAGAAUCCUACCUGGCAUCUCAUUUGUAUAUAUUUUGCAAUACUUAUCCUCUAACAACAACUCUUUAAAUAUACCGUAUUGUUUACUAAGGUUCAUGUGAUUGAAUACUGGCAAGUGAAACUGAUCAGAAUGACUAAAACUGAUCAGAAUGACUUGGCUGCCUUCUCUCUGAUUAGCCUUUUAGGUUAAAAAAUGGGUAUUAACUUCUAUCGUACAAUGUAUGGUCAGACAAGUGAUUUGGAAGACAGCAUAAUAAGAACAAGCUCAGAUUCUAACGUUUUCAUGGUGUCUGAGUUAUCUUAUCUGGAACUGUGGCAAGGGUCCUUCUUUGCCCUUGGGUAAAGCAGCCAAUAGCCUUUCCCUUAGCAGAGGAUUAGGCUUGUAGUCUCUCCCUGGGGUAGGGAGUUCAGUCUCUCCUCCUGGAGCUGUUCACUCCCCUGCUCUCCCUCAGUUGAUGGCUGCUUUGGGUGUAUUUCUCUCUGGAAAAGGAAAGCUUUAAAAGGUCUCAGCCAGGCUGGAAGUGGAAUCAGCUGACCCUAAUUGAUCAGCUGGACCUAAUUGGCCUGAGGCAACCCGUCAGCUGAUCCUGACUGACCUGCAGUAAUCCACUUCUAGUUAACUGGGGACUGAAUCUUAUACCCUUCUAGGAGGUGUCUUUUCCCACUGUAUUUCUGCCCUCUGGCCUGUCUGUCACAGUCCAUAGAUUAGCACUGGUGUUAUUGGGGAAGCGAUUUAAUCAAAAAUAAGGUGUGCUUAGUCUCAAAGUGGGAAAGCAACUUCUGAAUGGAAUUGCUAUUGUCAUACUGUCUGCCAAUGCGGGAUUGAGCAGGGAAACAAAAGGUUGUAAAUAACUAUCAGUUUGUGAGCCCAGGUCUAGGUGUGGAAAUGCAGAGCUGUUUUCACUAGAAACCCUGGGGCCAAACCCUGACUCUUCAUUGUUGGAAUGUGCAAGUGUACAUAAUAAAUACAUACACACACCCCUGACAGUUGGGGUGAAUUUUCUUUUACAACUUAUUUUGUAAAAAUCUAAUAAAAACUUUUAUUCCCACAA